AUGAAAGCCCAGCGGGAGAGGCUGAGGAUUCCUGGGUUAACGCUAGAUUGCAGAACAAGCAACAGAAAAAGUCUCAUAGGAAGUGGUCAGUCAUCAGGUUUACCACGACCUCAUUCGCCGCUCUCUACUCUCACUGAUGAAAUUAACUGGCCUGACGGAGAAGAAGCACCACCUCAUGAUUCCCAGGAGCUCAUCACAUUGCUGCUAAGACAGAGUCCGCUUGAAAGACUUGGUACAGCGGGAAACUCAUCUCAGAGCAGUUCACCGAGUUCCAGUGCUCCGAACUCGCCUGCAGGUUCAGGGAACAUUCGUCCUAGUACUCUGCAUGGCCUGGGCCUUGGACCACGACUUCGCCAGGGUCGCCGGAAAUCUGCUGGUAGCAUCCCCCUGUCUCCUCUGGCCCGCACACCUUCUCCAACCCCUCAACCCACUUCCCCACAGCGCUCUCCUUCCCCUCUCCUGAGCGGACAUUCAGUCACAAUUUCAAAGACGCCACAGUCAUUCCCAACCAAGAUUCACUCCCCUCCAACUAUUGUCCGCCACAUCGUGCGCCCUAAAAGUGCUGAGCCUCCUCGCUCACCUCUCUUAAAGCGAGUGCAGUCAGAGGAGAAGUUGUCGCCCUCUUACACUGGAGACAAGAAGCACCUGUGUCCCAGAAAGCACAGUCUGGAAGUGACUCAGGAGGAGGUGCACGGGGAAGAACUGGGAGAGCAGCACAAUGUGGAUGAAACAAAUGAGCCGGUGUCUGUCCCCCGCAUUCGUCCUGUCGAACAGGGAUGCUUGAAAAGACCAGUGUCUCGGAAGAAUACCUCUGCAAAGUGUCCAGAGGUGACAAUACACAAUACAUCCCCAGUGUCGGACUGCAAACCGGAUUGCAAACCGGACUUCAAACCGGACUCCAUCGGGACCCCAGUGACCAAGCAGAAAAGUCAACCUCCAGAGAACCGUCAUCUUGCUGUUGGAAAAGCAGUCGAAGCUCAGAACUCUCUUCAUCCUGCCGUGGAAGGGAAAACCGUCCCGAACGUCAAACACAAAUCUGCGUCAAAAGAGGUCCGGCCAACGACGCCUCGUGUUCUCCCAGAGUCCAAACCCAGAGAAUCCCCCCGGGGCAGCGAGGGCAAAGCGGAGCCCAUGGUGAGGCUCAUACCCUGUCCCCCGCAAAACGAAGCCAAGCCGAAAGAGACGCAGGCGGCUUCUGUCAAGGAACAGGUGGACGCUAAACCAAAAUCAAAACGCCUGGGCCACAUCUAUGAGGCGCACAACAUCUAUGAGGCGCACAACAUGUAUGAGGCGCACAACAUGUAUGAGGCGCACAACAUCCAUGAGGCGCACAACAUGUAUGAGGCGCACAACAUCUAUGAGGCGCACAACAUGUAUGAGGCGCACAACAUGUAUGAGGCGCACAACAUCCAUGAGGCGCACAACAUCUAUGAGGCGCACAACAUCCAUGAGGCACACAACAUCUAUGAGGCGCACAACAUGUAUGAGGCACACAACAUCUAUGAGGCGCACAACAUGUAUGAGGCACACAACAUCUAUGAGGCGCACAACAUCUAUGAGGCGCACAACAUCUAUGAGGCGCACAACAUGUAUGAGGCACACAACAUCUAUGAGGCACACAACAUCUAUGAGGCGCACAACAUCUAUGAGGCGCACAACAUCCAUGAGGCGCACAACAUCCAUGAGGCGCACAACAUCCAUGAGGCGCACAACAUCUAUGAGGCGCACAACAUCUAUGAGGCGCACAACAUCCAUGAGGCGCACAACAUCUAUGAGGCGCACAACAUGUAUGAGGCGCACAACAUCCAUGAGGCGCACAACAUCUAUGAGGCGCACAACAUCUAUGAGGCGCACAACAUCCAUGAGGCGCACAACAUCUAUGAGGCGCACAACAUUGAUGACGUGGCACGAGCUGCAGAGGCCCGCCUCUAG